CAGCACUCGCGAGUGUACAGCACGUCCGACCUCCCCUCCUCCCACUGAUUCUCUCAUCCCUCCCCGUCUUGAUCAGCAUCUUUGUGUACCUGACAGUGGUAAGCCGCGUCUGAGCGCCCGUCACUCAAAAGAGGCGAGCCCCGUAUUCACGGCGGACAAGAUAAUCAAUCAGGCGGGACCAGGUCACGCGCCGGUAUCGGUUCAUACAGGUUGCCGCGAUACCCAAAGACCACGUCCACCAACACUUCUUGUCGCUGUGUCAAUACGGUGAUCGUUUACUCCAGCCGCAACCAGUGACCUGAUCACGCGCUGGAGCCAUCCCCCAAACCAGCAGAGCGUCACAGCUUCUGAUCUUUUCCCGACACUGCGAACUCUCUCUGCUUCCUGGAGCGCUGGGGCCGUGUUUCGUUUUUUCUUCCGGAGGGGUCUACCCCACGUGUCAGCAAUUUGCCCGGUAAUUUAGCGAUGCCCAAUUUCCGCCCAUCACAAUACAGCCGAACCAACGUGCUUUCAUCGGCAGUGCAUGCGAUUGCGUCACCGUCAAAGCGUCUGCCGUAUAAAACGGGCCCAUACCAGUCGUACAAUUCAGAAGUCGUUUUGGUAUACAAGAGGAACCGUCUCAACCAUUAGCAAUUAGCAUAGUUGUAGCCAGCCCUACAGAUGAAAGCAUAGAUCUUUUUUGUUAAAGCUCAACGUCGGGUGUUCUCCUUGUCGUCGCAUCGUCAGAUUUUUUGUGUGUGUCGGACAGCAACACCUCAGUUAAGCCUCGUGGAGAGCAUUCAGAAGAGGCGCCUGCAUCCACAAUGUGCCUUAUGAAUUUCCUAAACGGAGCUGUGGUUCUCUUUGUGGUAACCAGCAGUUUUGUGCAAGCCAGUGAGCAGGAUUGUAACGAAUGGAGGCAUUACAUAACCAAUGCAGACCGUUUCCGAGAUGAGCUGAAAGAAAAAUUGGACAUACUCAAAGACAAUUUGACGGCUCUUGCGCUUGAAUUGAACGAUGAACACUGGCAUGGUGUGACUUCCAGCAGGCAAGAUGAACUCCAACAACAGUUGCAAUUGCCUUCCACGUUGCCGAGUGAGGAAUGCAAUUCGAGAGUAAACUUUGAGUGCAUACAACGCUUCCUGUUGGUUGGCCGUCGUGCCUUGGAUAACAUCAGCAACCAAUUGAAAGGACGAUCCCACGGCAUCAUAAAUUUCGAUUAUGGUACAGUGCAAAAGACAUAUCGUCUUAUUGAAUGCUACCUGGCCGAACCUCAUUGGAACAACCAAGAUGAGGCAGAAAACCCAUGUUCAUCGACCGACUACAGCAGGUACUUACUGCCAUCGCACGUCUCAACGCAGGACCUACAUUACAGCAGUCACCACGUCUUGCACAAUUUAUCCAAAAACCUGAGACGUGUCCAACAUAACUUGACGACAUGCAUAAACCAACUCAGGAAGCGAGAUCGGGUCGACUGGCUGAAGAACGAACUGGAGAAGCGAACCCGCGAAAUCCUGCUGGAUGAUGACAAGCAGUACGUGGGUCUGCCAGACGAGACGCCCAAGCGAGCUUGGGCACCUGUUGGGAACGUGUACGUGGCGGUAGCGGAGGACCAGUAUAAAGAUAACCUUGCAGAGGCCAAGCGCGACCGGAGCGCCUUGUCCGGGCCGGCUCGGGUUGCCGACUCGGAUUGGGACUGGGGGGAGCAAGUGUUCGCUCCACGGGAACGGAGAUACUCGAAGAAGGAUCUCCGACUGGUAGAGCAGCUUCUUUACAGUCCACUCCAAGAACGGAAGAAGCGGAUCCCAUCGUGGAUGGACUACCUAUAAGCAGUGGCUGUGACGUCGUCACAAUUUUGUUUACAGAAGCUGACGGUUUGUUUCCUUUUAACGCAGCUUUCCCCAUUAAACACCGAGGCUGAUGUGACAUCAAUUGAAUUAUUCGCUGGGCGUUCACUUUUAUUUCCUCUUUAAAGCAUUUCAAUUCGCGCCGCCUGAUAACUGACGACUGUUUAUCGUUCUAAAAAUUCUAAAAACGCGACGAAAACCGUCUGAGAAAACACUUGAAACAUUCCGUUCUACACUGACGUUCUAAAAUGCAUAGCAAGAUAUUCACUAAAUUCUAGGCUUUGUUUGUGGGAUACGUCUAAUUCUAUGCCGUUCCACAAACUUCGCCUUAUUCGUGAUUAAGUGCAUUUGAAGAAGUAGCGUAAAGGUGCUGGAAAUUUGGGGAUCAGAGCAGAGGGGAAUAUCAUCCAUAAACAUUUAAAAAGCAGGGGAUGGAGUGACACGACAUCACUCUGUAUCGAGGUCGGUGUUCAUGGUAUUAAUGUACAUCUGUAAUAUGUAUUCAGGGCAUAUUUAUGGCUUUUUAAUUGCUCUCCAUUUUUGAAUGAUACUGAAUACGUUGGAGUAGUUGGAAGUUUGAAAAUUCUUCACCAUCCACUUUAUUUCUUUGCUCGCCUUAAAAAGUGUGGGGGAUGAUUAAAUAGUCCCCCCCCCGAAAAAAGGGGAAGGGAAUAUAUACCCCUACCCCCUGCCCCAAGAUUACGCCCAUGAUUGAAAGAUGGGCCAAAAGUAAGCCAGAAAUUUUUACCAUCUACCUGAGCUAUGUCUAUCGAAGGUUUGCAGGGCUGCCAUCUUGCAGGCCAGUGCAUUUGUUCCACAGGGUAUGAAACAAAGAACUGCCCUGCAAGACAGCCACCACGCAAACCCUCUAUUCCCGAGACAAAAGACUUCAGGGAUGAAGAUUGCAGUGAUUAGGCCAUUCUUUUUCUUGCACACAGGCACGUUAUAUCAAGACUGAACAAGAUUCUUGUAAAUUCUUUCUGGAAAUUAAAUCAAGGUUUCUUCAAAAGUCCCAUGGCAAUAGGACCCAAAGGGGCUUGACGAAGCCUAGAGAGAAGACGACGAAAAUUAAUGUUCAUUUUUAGAGGUGGGGGGAAAUACCGGAAGGGAGAACCCAGGAAGUCAGAAUCGAGUGGAAGGCGAGGAAAGUACCAUUUUCCCAACCUGACUCCCCGCACGUAAAUGGAUGGCAUCGCAUCAACUGGCUUGGUUGGUGUUUCUUUUCCAUUCUUUCAUUUUGACAAACUAAACCAAAUCAUGAUGUUAUCCCUCCAAAUGCAAAAACAGUCUUUUGAACAAUGCCUGUCACUUGUAUGUGGAAUUGCUGUACAAGAUUAUUGAAACCCAUUGCAAAGAGAUCAAACCAUUACCCGUACAUACGUUGCUCCUGAUGUGAUUUGAAUUGCUUCGUAUUUCUUUUCUCGACGAAAUACACGUACCUUGAUUGUUCACUUCACCGCGUCG